AUGGCGGCGGCGGCGAACGGCGGGGGCGGGGAGACCAAGGCGGCGUUCGCGCGGAUCUACGACGCGCUCAAGGCGGAGCUGCUCCGGGACCCCGCCUUCGAGUACACGGAGUCGUCGCACCAGUGGAUCGACCGCAUGCUGGACUACAAUGUACUGGGAGGAAAGUGCAACCGUGGGCUCUCUGUGGUCGAUAGCUAUAAGCUGUUGAAAGGCGUCGAUGUUCUUACCGAGGAGGAGAUGUUUCUUGCCUCCACUCUCGGUUGGUGCAUUGAAUGGCUUCAAGCCUUCUUUCUUGUGCUCGAUGAUAUCAUGGACGACUCCCACACUCGACGUGGGCAGCCUUGUUGGUUUAGGGUGCCUCAGGUUGGCUUCAUUGCUGUAAAUGAUGGGAUUCUCCUUCGCAACCAUAUUUCGAGAAUGCUUCGGCUCCACUUUAAGAAGAAGCCUUACUAUGCCGAUCUCCUUGAUUUAUUCAACGAGGUUGAGUUCAAGACAGCUUCUGGUCAAAUGCUGGACCUUAUUACAACCCACGAGGGAGAAAAAGAUCUAACGAAAUAUAACAUUGGGGUCCACCGCCGAAUUGUUCAAUUCAAGACAGCCUACUAUUCAUUUUAUCUGCCGGUUGCAUGUGCGCUACUACUCUCUGGUGAGAGUUUGGAGAACUACGGUGCUGUAGAGAACAUACUUGUUGAGAUGGGAACUUACUUCCAAGUUCAGGAUGAUUAUCUGGACUGUUAUGGUGAUCCUGAAUUUAUUGGCAAGAUCGGCACCGACAUUGAAGAUUACAAGUGCUCCUGGCUAGUUGUCCAAGCUCUUGAGCAUGCUGAUGAGAGCCAAAAGAGCAUUCUAUUUUUAAUGCUUCUACAGGAAAACUAUGGAAAGAAAGAUCCAGCAUGUGUGGCAAAAGUGAAGGAUCUCUACAAAGAACUUAACCUUGAGGCGGUAUUUCAUGAGUACGAGAGCGAGAGCUACAAGAAGCUGAUUGCUGAUAUCGAAGCCCAGCCGAGCGUUCCUGUUCAGAAGGUUCUGAAGUCCUUCUUGCACAAGAUCUACAUGAGGCAGAAGUAG